AUGUUCGACUCGACGCCCAGCAGCUCUCGGAUGGCCGGGAGGCCACGACCAAGCGUGCUGGAUCUCUUCGACCCGCUCGCUGACAACGACAGCCCAGGAUCCCAACCAACGUCUCCGGAUCUGGAAACAGCGGCUGCUCGCCGCAGCCCAUCGCCUGACGGGAGUUCGUCCGACAAGGAGAACGACACCCCCGCACCGUCGCGGACGUACCAGCUCGCGCUCAAGUCGCCCAGGCGGCCGAGCCCAAAGGCAGCCGCACGAUUGGUGGACGUGAGCAUAUUGCUGGAGGCGCUGCGGUCGGACGUUGCCGAGGAGUCGUCGGACGGAGAAUUUGACACGGGAGCGGAAGAAAACGCAUCAGCAGACGUCUUGGGCGCCUCCGGUGAUGACGCGGGUCUCCCCACGCCCUUGAAAAUUCGGCGCAGGCUUCCGUUGGCGGACAUCUCUCUUGGGCUCGAACAACCAGAGGCCGUCGCGCUCGCCGUCGGCGCCGACCGCGACCUCUCCUUCCACCGCGACGCCCGGCUUGCGUCCUCCGUCUCGCGCCACCCCCAUCCCAACCCACGCUCAUUCCCCAUGGCGUCCUCGUCUCUCGCGUUCAGCGCGUCUCCGGGACCCGUCAAUGUCCUUGCCACGUCGCCGUACGGGUCUUCACAUUCGCCGUUCUCGUCGCCAGAGCGCAAUGCCUCGACUGCAUCCUGCAGCAGUCACGGUUACGGCACAGGCUCGCCAACGCGGGCGCCUGCCAGCUCACCUUUGUCUUCGGUCAUCAACGCCAUCAAUUUUUCGACCGCACACUCUCCUUCGCCGCUCAGCAAUUCACACUCGGUUUCGCAAUCGCCGUAUCCCGCGGUCAGGCCGAGCCCACUCAAACGGGCCAUCUCGUUACCCCGCUCGGAAGACUCGGACCACGAUGAACACGGCUUCUUACGUCAAGAUUCGGACGACGGCGAUGCUCUCCCCACGCACUACUCGGAGUUCGACUUGGACGAAGUGGUAGAAGAGCCGGUCGACGAAAACAGGGCCAUGGCCGAGUCGCCGAUAGAGAUGCAAGUCAAAAUCCCCCAGGCAGACGAGCAAGUCGAGUUGGAGGAGGCCCCUCCGACGGCGCGUCACGCGCCGGCGGAUGGUGCGGACAAAGUGGGCAAAACCCCCGACGUAUUCGCUCCCGAAGACCAAAAUCUUGAUGUCGGCGAGGAUGAGAACGAGAAUGUGAGACCUGAGGACCAACCUUUGGCCGGGAAAGCCGAGGCUGUCCGAAACGACGAAUCUUCCGUUGGGAACCCAGAGUUGGUAUCUGCCUCGCCUAGCGGGUACAAAGACGAUCAUUUAGCGAGUCCCACGGAAGCAGAAUGCGUGGGCACGUCCAGGCUUGACCCUAUACCAGCUUCAGACACUUCGACAUCUUUGCUCUCCGUGCCCGGAGCACCGGUAGGACAGGACGAUACCCAGGACUUGACUUCUACCCUCGCUUUCGGAUCGUCCACAGCCGAACUCCUGCCCUCGUCCAACUCGGCACUCCUCCUGAACGACAGCAGUUUGCACGACGCCGAUGACGGCUCUACUAUGGACUACACACGCGUCCUCUCUUCUCUUCCGAGGCCAAGUCUAAGGGAGGAAAGUAUUGCGGAAGAUGAGGAACGGGAGCAACCAAUCGUCGUGCGGGCGCCGACACCUCCGGUUCUCAAUCCGUCACCUCCUCCCAAGUUCACCCGUGGGCGCGACUCUUUGGUUCCCGCUGGGAGGGCUUCGCUCGAUUCACAUGCGUCGUUCAACCUCAGUUCGCAACUGCAGCGGACUGCCGACACUUCCUUCGACCUUCUUCACGGGGGCAUGACUCAGUCUUUCCUCAAGCAGAUGGAGGACGAGGAAGGCGACAUGGACCUCACCUUUGACUUGGGAAGGGAGCAGAGGGCCAUGGAGGGUGCGCUCAAGGAUGCAAAAGAGGCCGAGAAAGUGGAAGAGAAAGGCGCAGUAUCUCCUGGCGAGGAAGUGCCAAAGUCGCCCGAUAGCCCUGAAGAGGCUCUGGCGACCACACCGUCCACACCAACGAUGAUUGAUCAGGACGGCAUGGAUCGUUCUUCGUCCGUUGCCACCCUGGCCCCGGAAGCAGAGAUUCCUGCCGAGGAAGUCGCGGUGAAGGAGCAGGUACAGGUACAGGAGGAAACACCCGUCCCACUCACUUCUGUCAUUGCUCCGGAGGUUCAAGCCAAAGCCCUGGCCAAAGCGUCGGUUGCCAGACGUCCCUCAGUUAGCACGAGCAGGACCACAAAACCGGAGGACUCCAAGCCCGUCGUCAAAGCGCGGCCCUCGAUUUCAGCACCCGCCCCUGCCGCCAAACCACGAGUAGGUACCGCAAGGAAGAGUUUCGUCCCUCCUUCGAUCACCGCCUUGAAGGUCGCGAAGCGGAGCACGAAUGGCCCCAUGCCGAAGGAGGAUGCGGCGAAGAGCGCCGCAGACAAGCGAACAGGCGUUGCCGCUUCGACCGCGAGCUCAGCGAGGAGAAUGAGCGCCGUUCCGGCGAUGGCGUCACACCAACGCACAGCAUCGACUGUGAGUGCAUCCCGGCGAACCAGUGCAAUCCCUCCUGUGGCGCCCCAUGCACACCAGCGCGCCGCCUCGGUCGUUGGAGAGACGAGAAGAGCCAGCGUUGUCCCUCUGGGUGCUGCAGCGAAGCAGGCGAAACCCCCGGUCCCGAGCCCCCCCGGGCCGUUCAAGGCCGCUGUCGCCCCGCUCAAGGUUAACAAACUAAUUCCUACCGCCACCGCCCCAACCAAGGACGCCACGCACCUCGGUCUCAAGCAGGGCACGGCGGUAUUCAGUCGUCCGGCUGAAUCGGGCCCCUCGAAACCGGAAGACGCCAAGAAAGACGUGUCGCGUCUCUCAUCCGCUCCCGCGUCCAGUGUCGCAAGAGACCCCAAAGUAGCUGUGAAAACGGCGGCCACGAGCAGACUCGCGAAACCUUCGACCGGCUUGGGCGUUGGCUCCAGGCCUGCCGCAACCGGUAUCGCGAGGAGCGUCUCCGCGUCGUCUGUCGGCCGCGUGGCUUCAGGCUCCGGCCGCGUGGUCACUGGUGCCGUCAAGAGAAACGUGUCCUCGUCGGCACGCGUUGGCGGAAUUAUGCCCGAAUCUCGCGCUAGUGCUGGUCCAGGCGUGAAGGUUAGGACCGGAGUUGCACCGAAGCCAGUCUCGAAAACAUAG